AUGGAUAAUGAAAGCACGUCGUUCGACCUGGAUGUCACGACAAAUGAAACCAACCAAGAUCCGUGCGCCUACAUGGAGCCGGUCUACGUCAAAGAACGCUUCUGGAUGGUGGCGAUCUUCGGAACCGCAGUGUGUAUUCUUAAUAUCAUUGAGAACACAUUCUUGUCGUUCAUGUUGUUCAAAAAAAAAUCCUAUCGAUCCUCCCAUAUGCUCUAUCUCGCCCUAUUAGCCUUCUUCGACGUGUGGAUGGCAGUCGCCUAUAUCCCCUUAAUGAGUCUGAACCUUUUCGUCGACUACUACAAAUCCGUGGUGUUACUCCGCGCGUGGUUCGCCUACAUGUUACCCAUGAUCACAGUAUCCCAUAUCGCAAUGACUGCCUCCUCGUUUCUUAUGGUAGCCGCUUCACUGGAGAGAUACGUCAUCACUUGUCAUCCAACCAAGACAAGAUGGCUCUCGAGGAAUCGAGUCUGGAUUGCCGCCUCUGCUAUUUUAUUGGGCGUGGCUUCCAAAUUUUCGCUGCCGUUUGAGAUGGCGAUCCGCUACUCCCCAGAGUGCUCGGGCACCAUGAGAGAAUACCAACUGAAUCAUUCCUCGUUGGCUCUCCACGGCGCUUACAGCUACUGGCGUGUGCUUUUCCGCACGAUAGUGACCAUUCUCAUCCCAUUCUUCCUAUUGGCUUUCAUCAAUGUCCGGAUAGUUUUAGUACUCUCAAAAAGUGAAUUCAAGUUCCUGCACUCAACGAAAUUAAGCGAAGCAAAACGCAAGUCCGCCAUCCGAAAUGCGACGAGAACUCUGGUGUUCAUCGUGUUCACCUAUCUACUAUCCAACGUACUCAACGUGAUUAUCAUCCUUUGGGAGUACAUUGACAUUGAGAUGCUCACCGUGCAAUUCGAGACGUUUUAUAUGUUCGCUGUGGAUGUGGUGUCCCUAUCGACAAUUGUGUUCGGAGCACUACGUCUGCCGAUUUAUGUGAUUUGUCAGGCGAAUUUAAGAAAAGAAAUGUUUGCUCAAUUAAAGAAGAUAGUAUCGUUGAAUAGUUAUUCGGGUUAUAUCUCCUCGCCCACUAAGAACAUGACCGUCGAAGAUAUGGAUAUCGACCGCCGCACUCCCGAACCUUGUGGCGAUGGUACCGUCUUGAUAGUGGAGUCCGAUCAGAAGAGCGAGCCAUCGAAGACGUGUACAGUUAUCCGGAAGAAUAGUGUUCAUCGGUUGAACGCAGGAUUUAGUGAUAUGAGCGAGAAAGUUCAAAUUGUUUGA